UGAGCCGUAGGGAGUGGGCGUAGUUGUUGUCCUACAAACUUGGACCAAGUCAACCAGGCUAGGAUUUCGAGCGUUGAAGCCUCGUAGCCUUCUUAGGAUUCAUUAUCGACAAUAUGGAUGAACAGCCCCCAUUCUCGAAAAUUUUAUAACAUAGCUCAGAUCUAAAUGACUUCAUGAAUUCCUUGCCGGUUUUAUUCGAGCAUUCCCCCCCAAUUUAUUUCCUCGGACUCGUUGCCUUUCGUAUAACUAGUCCAGUCUUACAAACAAUUCACAAAUCAUCAUAUACUCUACCAAAAUCAAAAUUUGUUUCCGAUUACUAUGUUAUCCGCACUUCAGUAUUUUGUGCCUAUCAUAGUAGGUCUGGUUCUGCACUGGACCUACUUUAUCCAUGGCGAAAAGGAUCUCCUAGCGGCCACAAUUGCACGCAAACACAUCCUCGCAGGAGCCAUAAUAAUGUAUCUCAAGUGCCAAUAUGAAGGUCUUCCAGCCAGACAGGCCAUUUACGAGUUGAUAAAUUUGAGCAGCAUUUAUGCCAGUACCAUAUUCACCAGCAUAUCAAUAUACCGUUUACUUCUGUCGCCCUUAUGUGGCAUUCCCGGCCCGUUAGGUAUGCGCAUCUCAAAACUCACCCACGUGUGGACCUUGAUGGAUUCAACGAGACAGAAUUUCAAUGAAUUGCAUCGGCUAAGAAGCAAAUACGGCAGCGUUGUACGUACGGGUCCAAACGAAGUUACAUUGUUUGGGUACGAUGCAUAUCACAAAGUCCACGGGUCUGAAUCUAAUUGUGGGCGUUCGGCAUACUACGAUAUUUUACAUCCAAUGGUAUCGCUUGAUACAACAAGGGAUCCGGCUAUUCAUAUGUCGCGGCGAAAGUUAUGGGAUCAGGCAUUUAGUAUAAAAGCCCUCAAAGAAAACGAAAAACCUGUCUAUAAUUAUGCCAUGCUACUCAUGGAAAAGCUAAGACAACGGAUGGCUGAAAAGCUCGAUCUAUCUACUUGGUUUGAGUACUAUACAUUCGACUUGAUGGGCUCCUUAGGUUUAACAAUUGACUUCAACAACCUAACCACGGAAGGCCACCCUAUCCUCAAUCUCUGGCAUAUCGCCCAUAAGAAGUUGGGUCCACUGAAUAGCGCACCAUGGAUCAAACAUUUAUUGAUGGGCAUCCCCUUUAUUGAGCGGAUAAAAUACUACCGCCAAUUUAUGCGCUGGGCGCACGACGAGCUCGACAACAAUAUCAAGCUUCAUACACAGAACAAUAAGUGUGACCGCAAAAAUAUUAUCGGUCUCGUUCUUAGCGAUGCUAUCAAACAUGGUGGUGUCGAGAAGAACUGGAACUUUGUUUUAGGCGACUUCGUUCUUGUUGUUGCAGCAGGCAGCGACCCUGUGCGCUUGGUACUUUCGAAUGCGGUAUAUUAUCUCUUACGCAACCCUGAACAUCUCGCCAAAGUUAGGCAAGAAUUAUCAUCUAUCGACGUAUUCGACUACAACUCUUUACAAAGUCUUCAACAUUUGACAGCAUGUAUUUACGAGACAUUACGACUCCAUCCUGCUGUCCCAUCUGCAGGCUUACGCAUGGCACCAGAGCAGGGAAUUACUAUUAAUGGUGUCUUCAUUCCUGGUGGCACAACUCUAGUAACACCUCAAUACAGCCUGCAUAGAGACGAGGACUGUUUCCUUGAACCGAAUGAAUGGAUCCCAGAGCGAUUCACCACAAAGCCAGAACUUAUUCUUAAUAAGAAUGCUUUCGUCCCUUGGAGUAUUGGUAAAAUGGCAUGCUUAGGAAAGAACCUUAGCAUGAUGGAAAUUCGCGUGGCUCUCGCAUUAUUAUUGACACAUUUCAAUAUCCAUCUUGCUCCUGGUGAGGAUGGUACUGAAUUAUUCUCACAUGCAACUGACUUCUUUACAACAACACCAGGAGCAUUCAACGUUUUCUUAGAAAGCCACAUACCGCUGACAGAAUAGGGCAUAAGAGUCGUAAGAGGAUAGUUUGGUACAAUAUAUGAUUUCUGUAUUUUUAUGCUAGAAUGGGUUUGCUUUUCUUGUUGGGCUUAUAUAUUAAGGGUUGCUUAGCGCAUGUACAUCGUAUUUAUUCUGUUUGUAUCGGGGGGUUUUGUUAGAAGAAAAGAAAAGAUUGCUACGCAUGCUCUUGCGAUGAUCGGGAUGGUCGUGCGGG